CUGCACUCAAAAAGGUUCGUGUCGAAGUACAAGCAAAAAUAGAACGUCAGAACCUUGUUGUGACAAUAAAUUCGGUAUGAGGUCAUUAGGCACAAUCAACUCAUCAGUAGAUAUAGAUAUUCACUGUUCAUGCUGUUGACUUUGGCGUCUUGUUUUGGUAAUGAUCAAGAACUACACGCCUUUGUACCAGAAGGUUAAUCCAAACAUUUUGUGCUUCCAACAAAAGAGAGAUCAUGAAAGCUUUGGAAGCUAAAGUCGUCGUUUUGGGCAAAGAAGGUGUGGGUAAGACGAGCAUUGUUGUGAGAUAUGUCGGGAAAAUCUUCAGUUCUCAAGUUAGUCCGACCGUAGGGGCAUCGUUCUUCACGUUCAAAAUGAACGUCGAUAACCAUCGAGUCAAGCUCCAACUAUGGGACACCGCUGGUCAAGAGAGAUUUAAAGCAAUGGCUCCAAUGUACUAUCGAAAAGCUAAUGCGGCUUUCUUAGUCUAUGAUAUCACAGACUCUAAAACAUUUGAGAACAUGAAGUUCUGGGCAGAAGAACUCGAACAAAAUAUGGACGGUCCAAUAGUAAUGUGUGUUUUGGGAAACAAAUCUGACUUGGCAGAUCGGCGUCAGGUAUCGUCUGAUGAAGGGCUACAAUAUGCAGCCAGCAUCGGGGCACUCUUCUUCGAAACAUCAGCACUUAAAGAUGAAGGAGUCUCCGAGGCCUUUCUUCGAGUUUCUUUGGCGCUCAUCUCUUUGGCAUCCAGCACAAGUACUUCCGGUAUGACCCUCAAACCGUACGACACAAGCCGACGACAAUCAGCCGACAUUACAGCUUUCCCACCUCAUCUACAACUCCUCCGGGAUAAGAUGAUCGAAGGUGGACGCAUUGAUGAGGACGGUGAAGAAGAUGACGAGGAUAGAGAUAGAAGCAGAAACAGCUGCUGUCCGACAUGACGAAACAUUAUUUCGGCAAAGAGAUAUCGGA